GCUGGUUGGAAUGUUAGUGACGCCACCAGCGCUAGGAAAGCAGCUUUCUCUCGCAGUGGGUUUAUUGAGAAGAUUAUUAAAGCCUUUUCAUUUAAAAACAUUGGCAGAGGCUUCUGCGUGAGUCAAGAGGACAUUUUUUGCCCACAUCCGUUUCCAACAGAGAAAAGAGAGUUUAAGGGGGGGAAAAAAACAAGCAAAACUCCACCAACUUUCCUCAUGGCUGCCAAAAAGGGUCUUGAAAGAACUUGUCUUGUGAGUGAGAGGGACACCAAGAAGUACUCCUUGGCCCUAGACAGGAUGAGCUGGCAUCAGAAGAAUUUAAAUGAAGAGAGGCAGCAGCAAGAAGCAGAAGUUACUGAAGCUAAUCCAGUGUGUCACUGUCAUUUCUACUCACAGGCCUAUGAGAACAGAAAAAGGGAGCAGCAUCAAGCCAGGAGGAAGCUCUGUGUAGCAUCAGUAAUUUGCAUCUUCUUCAUGAUUGCUGAGAUUACAGGGGAGUAUGUUGCCCAAAGAGAGCUCAGUGGGCAUAUUGCUGGGAGCCUGGCCGUGAUCACCGAUGCGGCACACAUCCUGGUGGACCUGACAAGCUUCCUCAUCAGCCUCUUCUCACUGUGGCUUGCUUCCAAACCUCCCACCAAACAGCUGACUUUCGGGUGGCACCGAGCAGAAAUUCUGGGAGCUUUGCUGUCUAUGAUAAUCAUUUGGAUGGUGACUGGUGUGUUGAUAUAUUUGGCUAGCUUGAGGCUGCUACACCCUGAUUACAAUAUUGAUGCUACAGUGAUGCUCAUUACCUCUGCUUGUGCCGUGAUCGCCAACAUCCUACUAAGCCUGAUUCUGCACCAGACUGGACAUGGGCACAGCCAUGGGGCACAAGCCAAGGAACAUGUGUCAGCCCCUCUGGAAAAGCCAGCUCUGAGCAAUGCCAGCCUGCGAGCAGCCUUUGUGCACGCCAUCGGAGAUCUGUUCCAGAGUCUUAGUGUGCUAAUUAGUGCACUUAUUGUCUUCUUUAAGCCAGAAUACAAAAUAGCUGAUCCAAUCUGCACAUUUGUGUUUUCCAUCUUUGUUUUGGCAACGACCAUCACCAUUUUAAGGGAUAUUUUGAUUGUGUUAAUGGAAGGAACAUCAAAAGGAUUUGCUUAUGAUGAAGUGAAGGCAAGAAUUUUAGCAGUUGAGAAAGUGGAAUCUGUUCACAACCUUCAUCUUUGGUCUUUGACAAUGAAUCAAACUAUUUUAUCUGCUCAUGUCGCCACAGCAGACACAGAGGACAGCCAGGAGAUUUUGAGAGAUAUUACCCAAGCACUGUUUGAGCACUACAGCUUCCACUCCAUUACCAUUCAGAUUGAGUCGGGAGAGGAUCAGAAACAUGACUGCAUCUUCUGCCAAGAUCCCAGGGAUUAAAGGGAGCAGUGUGCUAUGCAUCCCUCUUACAGGUCAAUGGAGAAUGUAUGUGUUGGUUGUACAUAAUUGAUUAACAACAAAUGGUAAUUAACUGAACUAAAAAGCCUUGCUACUGCAAACAGUGGAUGGACCUUUAUUUGUUAACACCACCUAGCAGCAGAGAACAUGUAUAUAGGUCCAUCCAUCAGCUAAUUUACCUGUCCAUCAGGGGUUACUUUCAAUUACAAGAGAAAGUAUCUAAAUUAUUCUUGACUAGAGCAGCAGAUUGGCACUAAAGCAACAUCAAGUGUGCCUGUUUGUAAUCACAGGUAACAAAAAACUAAUCAACCUUCAAAUUACCAGCAGACCAAUUAGCAAAAAUGUAAUGAAACAUAAGCUUGGUGUCACCAAAGAUCAAUACUUACUCAGGGUAAAAGAAAAUUUAAAUUAGCAGGAGGGAUGAAAAGAUCUGGGAAAGAAAAAGAUGGUGGCAUGUGCUUUCCCUGCCUUUUGGCAGACACCCCUCCUCCUGCAUACUAAGGUGAGUAUCAGUUGUGCACCAUACUCUGCAGUGCAGAUCACAAAAGAAUUAACUCCAUUCUCAUUUGGCAAAUAUUACUCUUAUUGGCAAAUAAAUUAUUGGCAAAUAAA